AUGGCCAAAUCAAUACCCAACGACAUCUUCCAAUUCUCCCUCCACUCCGCCUACACCGCGGGCCUCAAAGACGGCGGGCCCCCCGUAGCCUUCCUAACCAACCACGGCACCCACGGCAUCGGCAUCUUCGAAGACGAAGAAUCCGAACUCAUCCAGAUCGACAGCAUCGCCUACGCCAUCGACAAAGACGGCGCCGUCGCACCCGCCGCAAAAGACGACCAACUCCCCUUCGUCAUGGUCACCAUCUUCCAACCCACGCAGCGCGUCAAACCACCCCCCUCCACGACCUCGAAACAACUCAAAGAGCUGUUUGCGGACGCGGGCAAGAACACGCCGAUGCCGUUCCGCUUGCGCGGCGGCUUCAAGUAUCUCAACACGCAACAGAAGACGUUUUGGGACGUCAAGGGGACGAUUUUCGGGUUCUGUGUCCCAGGUUGGCAGAAGGCGGUUAGUGGGGAGGGAUUGCAGUGUUGUUUCCUGAGUGAGGAUAAGCGGCAUGGAGGUCGGGUGAUAGAUUUCGAGACGGGCGAGGGAGCCGUGCUGGAGUGGGGGAAAUGCGGGAGGUUCCAUUUGGGGUUUCCGCAGGAUGAGGAAUUCGAGGAGUUGAGGUUGUAG